UAUCAGUUGCGAAUCAAUCAUGGGCUGCUCCUGGUCGAAGGCAGAGCACAGCGGUGAUACCAGCAAUACGCCGAAUGCCCUGCAGGCGGCCAUUCCAGGCCAGCGUCUGCAAUGGCGUCGCCGGCAGGAUGAGAAGCAUCAGCGGCAAAUACAAAAGUUACAGAAACGAAAUGCUCGACGGAAGCAUCGCCGUAAACGAGGAUCGGGAGGAACAAAGUCGAACAAUGGCAGCGGGGGCUCCAUUUCGGGCUCCAUCCAGAGACGUCAACGUCUCAGCGGUAAAUCGCAUCCGGAUCUGGCCCUGCAGCUGCGCCUCCUGGGCGGCAGCAAUGGCAGUAGUCCCACCGAGUGUAUGAGCGCCCUGUAUGCCAGGACAUUGGAGCAGCAGCGCGAGGAGUUCCAGAGGACAGUGGAGCGACGGACACUGGAUCAAUUGGACCGGGAACUGCACACGUUUCUGUUGAAUCAAUUGCUACUGGGCGUUCAGUUCUUUUCGCACUUUGAAGCGGAAAUGGGUCAGGUGGAUGCCGAGCUACUGGCCAGGCGGCAGAGCGCCGAGCAUAGCUUGUUGCAGAGCGGGGCCAUAGAUGCGGCUGUGGCCAGGAAUUUGCUUUUCAAAACCAACUCAUCAAAGGCACCGCCACAGCCGCUGCAGAAACCCGUGACAUAUGUGGUCUUUGAGAAUGUGGACGUGGCCCGACCCCAUGAUGCCAACUAUGACACGGUGGCGGCUCUGUGCAAGGUCCUUUUGGAAACGGAUUAUUACUGCAAGACACCCUGCAGCUCUGAGCUGGUUGAGCUUAUGGAGCAGACCCGCUGGAUGGGCUAUGUGCGUCUCAAGCUACGCGAUCGCUCCACACUGGGUAGCAGCAGGAGCAGCGGUAGCAAUCCAGGCUCACCCAUUCCUCCCAUCAGCAGCGAUGAAGAGUGCGUCUAUACGGAUGCAGGAUCCUCCUCCUCUUCAUCCUCCGGCUACAGCUCAGGGGACUACGAUCAUGUCUACCUGGCCAGGCUAAAUACACCACGACCCUUGGAGGAGUUACGUUUGACUAGGAAUUACAGCCUGAAGAGCAAUGUCCUGCCGGAGAGCUGCAUCCGGCGUUUGGCCAGCUGUCUGCCGCCGGAACUAGACCCGACCGAUGACGAGGAUUCUUCCUCUGCCAGCGAGGAUGACCUAGAUGAUGACGAAAGGCAGGCACGGGACAGGGAUCGUAACUAUCCUCCCGCUGGCUACGAGACCGUUCAGGUUCUGCGUCAAUGCCAGGCGGAGCAGCUGCAGCAAAGCUACCUCAGUUCGCAGCAAUUUAUGCUCUACUUUGGCGAGUUGCUUCGCCAGCAGUUGGGUUACCAGCUGGGCAUUAGCGCCACCCAACUGGGGUCUGCCUCCUAUCGCGGUUGUAGUGUUUAUACCGCCAGGGAGGAGCUUGUGCCCGCCAUCCAUGUACCGCAUGCCUGGCCCGAUUGUGCCUUUGAGUUUGGACUGAGGGCAAGGCCGAGACUCACCAAUCUGCACACCGCCGAGCAGUUUCAAUGGCCCACCGAGCAGAUGAGGAAGCGCAUACGAUCCUUUGGCUACCAUGUAGUGCCCGUGGGCUAUGCCCCCAAGCGUUCGCGUAAUCCCUUCCGGGAGCUAGAGUGGCGGAUUGUCUUUCCGCUGGCGGAGCAGUAUUUGGAACGCCACUGCCUGACGCCCAUGCAGCUGAAGGUCUUCCAGCUGAUGAAGCUGCUGGUGAAGACCUUUGUGGAGAGCACCGAUGCCCAGCCGCCGGGCGGUGUGCUGCUGGAGCAGCUGCGUGCCCAUCUCUUUUGGCAAUGCGAGCGGCACAGCAACGAUUGGCCGGAGGAGUUCUUGGGCGAGCGGCUGGUGCGAUUCAUUCGCUCGUUCGACACCUGUCUGGCGAAGAAGCAUCUUAGUGAUUACUUUAUUGAGCGGCGGAAUCUCUUCGAGCAUGUGCCGGAGGACACGCUGAUGAAGCUGCGCUCGGUGAUGGCCGGCAUUGCGGAGCAGCCGCUGCUGCAUGUGGUCCAGGCUCUGAGGAAUCUCCAGCAUGCUCCGGAUUUCUAUCCCCAGCUAGACUACAAGCGGCUGUUGAGGAAUCUCUGCAGUCAGGAUUACCUCGAGCUGCAUGCCUGGGGCAAGUUCUCGCGUCCGCGUCAGGGUUUCCCUGCCCAGGAAAAGGAGCUGGAACCUGAGCUGGACAGGUCAAAGAUCUCGCGCCGAAAGACAGACAUUACUGAUGCAGGUGGACUCCUGGGCCUGGCCCAGCAUCAGGAGCGCUCGAGGGGUAAGCUGCGCAGGAAGACGCAGCUCCUGAGGGCCACCAAUCAGAGGCAACUGCAGCGGCAGCUUUCGGAGGUUGAACAGCGACGCUCUUCGCUGGACUCCCUAGAUCUACAUCGUCUUCUGGCCCGCUCCAACUCGGAGAUGUCCUACCCGGAAAUGCCAGCGAAACCUCAGCUCAACAAUGGCCUUGAGAUCCUGCGACGCAGCAAUCUUCUGGAGCUUCUGCUGGACCACCUCUUGGCCAUGUUGGCCCGUGCCAUUCGCUUUGGCAAUCGUGGUCAUGCCCAGCUUUAUCUGGAGCAGGGCCAGCGACUGUGUCGCUUGUACCAGCACCUGGGUUGCUCCCAGCAGGCCCAGCACUUUACACAGGAGCUGCAGCAGGCGGCGAGCAACAUGGAAGCUAUGGUCAGCUGUAGCAGCACCUGGACUCCCUUGCCGAGCAGUAAGGGUUUCCCCUUCGAGGACGUGGUGGAAUCACCGCCCACAGUGCGCAGGAAAUCCAUUAAGUUCCUAGAUCAUGUGGUGCAAAUACACACCCCAGAUCCCCUCGCCCGGCAUAUAAAUCCCCAUCCAGCCAACAUCAAGUUGAGCGGAAUCCUAAGGGGUAAUCCCUCCCACAAGGAUGCAGGGGACUUGGAGGCCAUUGAAAUUGAAGAAGAAAAUAAGGAUAAGCUUAGAUCUUUUAAGGAGAAAAUGGUAGAAAAUCCCAAGGUCCAAGAUCAAGUUCAGGAUCGGGAUCAGAAUCAGGAUCAGCAAGUGGAGAGCCUAACUCCCAAGGAUGAAGGCUCUCUACUCUCACUUAAUGGUCUAAUCCAGCGCCUCAAUCUCGAUCCCAAUAAAUUUGAUGCCAUUAGCAGCCGGACGGAGCAACUGGUCCAGAAGGUGGCCCCCUCGGAGGCCAAGCGGGAGGAGCUCAAGGUGAUCCUCAAGAGUAAAACGCAGAAGCUCAAGGGUGCCUUUAACUAGUGAAACAUAUAGGAACCUAAACCAUCUUCCGGAGGAUUUAGUGAUAAGCUGAUAAGACGUAACUAUAGGCUAGAUAAGGAUAAGGUUAAGGGAAAUGGCUAAGAGAUAGGGAUUACCUAAUAUUGCAGUCGUAUAAUUACUAAUCAAAAAUAGUUUGUAAUCCUUAAGAAAUCGAACUUUUAAAAAAAGUUAAAUUACAGAUAAUAAAUCUCUCGACAAAAUGUACAAAAAUCACAAAA